AUGGUGAAAAGAAUAAAAAAUAAACAAAUACAAAAUACAUAUGGUCAGAAUGAUCAGCAUGAACUCAAGCUACAAAAAUCCAAAAUUCAAAUACCAAAAGAAAAAGGAGAACAUCAAGGCGAGCCACAACAACAACAACAACAACAACAACAACAACAACAACAACAACAACAACAACAACAACAACAACAAAAACAACAAAAACAACAAAAACAAGAAUAUAAUGAAAAUGAAAAAUUAUUUUGGAAAGUAAUUAAAAAUAAAUUUUUAAAAACAUACAUAUUUUCAUUUUUAAAUGAUAAAUCAAAGAUUCAAAAUAAAAUUUACAAGUAUGAUGAAAUUUGUUCCGUUCAAUUUUUAAUAAAGAAUAAUUUAAUUGAACUAUUAAAAUAUAAAGUUAAAAGAGGUGAAACUUUGAUUGAUUUUCUACCAUUUUUAAAAAAAAGAAAAUUUCAAAAUUAUAAACCACCCACUGAAGAUCCAAAUGAUAGAAAAUCAAUUUUUAAAGUUAUAAAAAAUGAUACAGAAUUUUAUCAAAACCUUUUCAAAAAUUAUAAUCAAAAUUUCAUAUCAAAUGAAAAAACAUUUUUUGCCAAUGGUUAUACUCCUUCCAUUUUACCAUUAUCAAUGGAGGACGAUGGUAAAUUCGAUUUAAAAAUUGAAACAAAAAAACAAAUAAUAAAAGAUGAUAAUGAAUGUGCAUUUAGAAUUUUUCAAAAUGUAAACUCUGUUCAAAUAACUGUCGAAGAUUUUUGUGAUGCAAUAUCAGAAGGUUCAAUUAAAACAGCUAAAUUAAUUUUUAAUCGAUUAAAAAAGGAAUCAAAUUUUAAAAAACAUGAAUUAAUUGGAAAAGUUUGGAAAAAUUAUACAUUUUUAAAUUCAAAUUCACCAAUGUUUAAAGAUUUUACUUUUAAAAUUUCACCAUCAACUUUUGAAACCUCUGAAACAUUUUCAACUUUAUCUUUAUCAUCACAAUCACAAUCACCAUUACCAUCAUCUCAAAUAUCAACCACAUCAAAAUUUAAAAUUAUAAAUAAAUCAGUUAAAUUAUUAUUGAUUGACUUAAAAUUUAUACCACCAAAAGAAAUGAAUAAUAUUAAUCAAGAUAUUUUUAAAAUUGAUAUUAAAGAAUUAAAAGUUAAACAUCUUUUAGAAUCAUGUAAAACAAUUUCAAUGAUAUUACAAUUUACAAAUUUAUUUGAUACUUAUUUAAAAACUUUAAAAAAGAAAGAAAUCAGUGAUAAAUUUAUGGGAUUUGAAGGUGAACUUCAAACAUAUUUACCAAAUCCAUUAAUUGAUUUUUUAAGUUUUGAAAAAUUAAUUGAAAUUGAACAAAAUUUAAAACCUAAAUCAAUUGAAUCAUUGGUUCAUUCAAUAUCAACAAGUGAUACUGAUAGCGAUUACAUUUUUAAACUAUUUAAAAUGUUAUUAACAUUUACAGAUUAUUCAACAGUUUUUAAAGAUAAUUUUAUAUUUUUCAAAUGUAAAUAUUUUAAUGAUUAUUCAUUAUGUAAAUCAGCAAAAGAUAAACAAUUACCAUUCCAAUUAGGUUCAUUUGAAAAUAUUUUACCAAAUUCUUCUUAUUUAAGUAACUUGUUUCAAUUAUUUUCAUAUUGUCAAAAUGAAAAAGAAAUUCAAACUAAAUUCAUUAAUCAAGCAAUUGAAAAUAUAAUUCAAAGUUUAAAAGAUUCAAAAAGACCAAUAAUUAAACCAUUAAAUUUAAUUAUAACAUUAUUACACUUUGAUUACAUUGAAUUUAUUUCAAUAUUUUAUAAAAAUCUAAAAGAUAUUAUUAAAAACGAGAAAGAUUUACUACCAAUUGAUUUACUUGACCAUAUAAAAUCAACAACUACUUUUGAUUUUUUUAUUAAUAGUAAUUUAUUAUUUAAAAAUCAAAUUAAUUUAAAUAAUUGUUUAAUUUUGAAAAAUAAUGGUGGUGGUGGUGAACCAUUAAAUUUAAUGUAUCAUAUUAAAAGUAAUUAUAAUAAUAUUUAUAAAGAAUUAAUUAGUUCAAUUGAUACAACUAUUAAUGAUCCAAUAAAUUAUUCAAUUGAAUCAUUAUUAUUUAUUUAUAAUAAUAUAAAAGAUUUUGAAUAUUGUUAUGAAAGAAUUAAUGUAUGGAAAAGAAGUAAUAUUGAUUUAUCAUUAAAUCAAUUCAUUCAAUUAGUUAAUUGUACACCAAUAAAUAAGCAAUAUAACUAUAUCUGUGGUAAUGGUUCAUUUGAUAAAUUCAAUUACGAUUCAUGUUUAUUAAAGUAUAAUUGGGUUAUAAGAAAUAAAAAACAUGAUAUUCAAUCAAAUAGAUGUGAUAGUAAUUAUGGUUCAACAGAGAUUGGAAUAGAUGCAAAACUUGUUAUUAUACCAUUAUACCAAUACUAUAAUCAUAAUAAAUUAAAGUUAAAUGAUAUAUUCCCAAAAUUGAAUACAUUAGAUCCAAUAAUUUUCAAUAAACCUCAAAAUCAUUUAAUUCAUAAAAUUAUAAGUGCAAUUGGUGAAAGAGGUGAUAUAAAAUCAUUAGAGACUUUAUUAAAAUUAAUGGAUUUCUCAAAUUUUAAUAGAACUUCUUUUUUUUAUUUUUAUAGUUUUUUUUUAUUUGUCAUUUUAGCUGGUGCUUUAAAAAAUGGUCAUUUAAAACUAUUCCAAUACUUAAAAUCAAAUUAUCCUCACUUUUUUAAUGAAAAAUUAAAUUUUGGUAAUAAUAUAAAUAAUUUAGAAAGUUAUGGUGUAUUUCAAAUAAAUACUUUAUUUGAAAUAUUAAGAGAUAUCUCAAUAAUUUAUAAUUUAGUUGAUAUUUUUAAUGAAAUAAAAAAUAAUAUAUUUUUUGAGCAUUUUAAUUAUAAAAAUAAAUAA